AUGACCGUGUUUCUGGGCAUCUAUAGGGCCAUCUAUGCCUAUGAGCCGCAGACACCAGAAGAACUGGCCAUCCAAGAAGACGAUCUGUUGUACCUACUACAGAAGUCAGAUAUUGAUGAUUGGUGGACAGUAAAGAAAAGAGUCAUUGGUUCCGAUAGCGAAGAACCUGUAGGCCUAGUGCCUUCCACUUACAUUGAAGAAGCUCCCGUUUUGAAAAAGGUAAGAGCCAUUUAUGAUUACGAACAGGUGCAAAAUGGUGAUGAAGAAUUAACCUUUCACGAAAAUGACGUUUUUGAAGUAUUCGAUGACAAAGAUGCUGACUGGCUGUUGGUUAAAUCUACCGUUUCUAACGAAUUCGGCUUCAUUCCAGGUAACUACGUUGAACCAGAUAAUGGGUCCACUCCUAAGCAGGAACAGGCCCCGGCUGCCGCCGAAAUUCCUGCAGCUACUACUGCAGCCGUUCCUACUUCUGGUGCUGUACUACCUACCAGCUUUUUGCCACCUCCUCAACAUAAUGAUAGAGCGCGCAUGGUGCAAAGUAAGGAGGACCAAGUUCCAGAUGAAGAUGAAGAGGGACCUCCUCCUGCUAUGCCUGCAAGACCAACGGCUACCACCGAAACUACUGAUGCUACCGCUAUGGGUUCUCGAUCUCGUACAAGACUAUCAUACGGCGAUAACGAUAAUGACGAAGAAGAGGAUGAUUACUAUUACAACAGCAACAGCAUUGGAAACCACGAAUACAACACAGAGUAUCACUCUUGGAACGUCACCGAAAUCGAAGGUAGGAAAAAGAAAAAGGCCAAGCUAUCAAUCGGUAACAACAAAAUAAACUUCAUACCCCAAAAGGGAGCUCCUCAUGAAUGGUCAAUUGAUAAACUGGUCUCUUACGAUAACGAAAAGAAACACAUGUUCUUAGAAUUUGUUGACCCAUAUAGAAGUCUUGAAUUGCACACCGGUAACACCACUACGUGUGAAGAGAUCAUGAAUAUUAUUGGUGAAUAUAAAGGUGCUUCCCGCGAUCCCGGGUUGAAAGAAGUUGAAAUGGCUUCCAAAUCCAAAAAGAGAGGUAUUGUGCAAUAUGACUUCAUGGCUGAAUCACAGGACGAAUUGACCAUAAAGUCAGGCGACAAAGUUUACAUCCUAGAUGAUAAAAAAUCUAAGGACUGGUGGAUGUGUCAACUGGUUGAUUCAGGGAAAAGCGGUCUCGUUCCCGCACAGUUUAUUGAGCCUGUUCGUGACAAAAAACAUACUGAAUCGACGGCAAGCGGUAUCAUCAAGUCCAUCAAGAAAAAUUUCACGAAAUCUCCAUCUAGGUCGAGAUCUAGAUCGAGGUCUAAAUCCAACGCCAAUGCCAGUUGGAAAGAUGAUGAAUUGCAAGACGAUGUUGCUACUACUGCUGCCGGUAAGAGGUCAAGAAAAAGUUCAUUGUCCUCUCACAGGAAAAACUCUUCGGCGGCCAAAGACUUCCCCAAUCCAAAGAAAUCGCGUUUAUGGGUUGAUAGAAGUGGUACUUUCAAAGUGGAUGCAGAAUUCAUUGGAUGUGCUAAGGGUAAAAUUCAUUUACACAAGGCUAAUGGUGUCAAGAUUGCUGUCGCCGCUGAUAAACUAUCUAAUGAAGAUUUGGCGUAUGUGGAGAAAAUUACAGGCUUUUCCUUAGAGAAAUUUAAGGCUAAUGAUGGGACUUCUUCCCGUGGCACUGAUUCAAGAGACUCUGAAAGAGAAAGAAGAAGGAGAUUGAAGGAGCAAGAGGAAAAAGAACGUGAUAGAAGACUGAAAGAACGUGAAUUAUAUGAAUUGAAGAAAGCUAGAGAGCUCUUAGAUGAAGAAAGAUCAAAGUUGCAAGAAAAGGAAUUGCCUCCUAUAAAACCACCAAGACCAACUUCUACCGCUUCCGUUUCAAAUACGAUGUCCGCACCACCAGCAGAAAACAGUAGCAACAACCCCGGUAACAAAUAUGACUGGUUCGAAUUCUUCUUGAAUUGCGGCGUGGAUGUUAGUAAUUGUCAAAGAUACACAAUAAAUUUUGAUAGAGAGCAGCUCACUGAAGAUAUGAUGCCUGACAUCAAUAAUUCAAUGUUAAGGACUUUGGGUCUGCGCGAAGGUGAUAUUGUUAGAGUAAUGAAACACCUUGAUAAGAAAUUUGGAAGGGAAAAUAAUGCAACAAUUCCUACAAAUGCCACUGGGAACAUGUUUUCACAACCUGAUGGUUCAUUGAAAGCUGCUGCAAGUCCAGAAACCUCAUUACCUCAGCAAUUGUUGCCACAAACAACAAGUCCUGCUCAGACAGCUCCUUCCACAUCAGCUGAGACUGAUGAUGCUUGGACUGUUAAACCGGCUUCUAAGUCCGAAUCUAACUUACUUUCUAAGAAAUCAGAAUUUACUGGUUCCAUGCAGGAUUUGUUAGACUUACAGCCCCUAGAACCUAAAAAAACCGCUACCACGACACCUGAACCAAACUUAAAAGAUUUGGAACCUGUGAAAACUGGUGGCGCCACUGUUUCUGCCGCUCCAGCUUCGUCCGCUCCCGCUCCGUUGGAUCCAUUCAAGACUGGUGGUAACAACAUCUUACCUUUAUCUACUGGUUUUGUGAUGAUGCCAAUGAUUACUGGGGGUGCUAUGCUACCUAUGCAGAGAACCGGCGGCUUUGUCGUACCACAAACAACUUUUGGUAUGCAAUCACAGGCUACUGGUGGCAUCCUGCCUGUUCAAAAGACAGGUAAUGGGUUAAUUCCCAUUUCUAACACCGGCGGCGCUAUGAUGCCACAGACUACAUUUGGCGCAGCACCUACCGUCUUACCUCUGCAGAAAACGGGGGGUGGCUUAAUACCAAUUGCUACCACGGGAGGUGCGCAAUUCCCGCAAACUUCAUUCAAUAUUCAGGCACAACAACAGCUUCCAACAGGUUCAAUACUACCUGUGCAAAAAACUGCUAAUGGAUUAAUCUCAGCUAAUACUGGCAUCUCAAUGCCAGCUUUACAAAGAACAGGUGGCGCUAUGAUUCCACAAACAUCGUUUGGAGUUUCACAACAAGUUUCACAACAAGUUUCACAACAACUAACAGGUAGCGGAAUGAUGGCCCAACCUCAAAAUACAGGCAGCGUAAUGAUGCCUCAAACAUCUUUCAAUGAUCUGCCACAAAUUACCGGGGGAGCAAUGAUGCCCUUACAAAGGACUGGUGGUGCUUUGAAUACAUUCAAUACUGGCAGUGCCACGAUUUCACAGACUUCGUUCAACGCUCAACCCCAAAACACUGGAGGAUUCCGGCCACAAUCCCAAUUCGGUUUAACUCUACAAAAAACCGGAGGUAUUGCACCAUUAAACCAGAACCAGUUCACUGGUGGAGCCAUGAAUGCUUUCAAUACAGGUGGUGUUUUUCAACAACCACAACCACAAACAACGACUUCUUUCAAUACUGGUGGUGCCAUGCAACAACCACAAAUGAUGACUACUUUCAAUACUGGUAGUGCUAUGCAACAACCACAAAUGAUGACUACUUUCAAUACUGGUGGUGCUAUGCAACAACCACAAAUGACGAACACUUUCAACGCCGGCGGCAUGCAACAACCUCAAAUGAUGAGCACUUUUAACACCGGGGGCGCUAUGCAACAACCACAACAACAAGCAUUACAGAACCAACCUACUGGAUUUGGGUUUGGUAAUGGGCCUCAACAAUCGAGGCAAGCCAACAUAUUCAAUGCUACUGCAUCAAAUCCCUUUGGAUUCUAG